AGUUCUUGUUGACUUAUCUGCGAGGAAGAAAAGAAAGACACAGAUGGAUCCCAGACAUGAUGAGGUGCCCAUGAACCCUCGGAGUUACAACUACGAUGGCUUCAAGACUGAUGGUCAAGCUGUGGCUGUCCCUCAGACAGUGAUCAGCAUCGCCCCCAGUGUGUUGCCAAUCAGGGACCAUGUCCUCUGGUCAAUAUUCACCUUCAUUUACAUGAACUUUUGCUGCCUCGGGUUCCUGGCUCUGGUCUUCUCUGUUAAGUCCAGAGAUCGUAAAGUUGUGGGAGAUGCAGCAGGUGCCCAGCAUUACGCCAGCACAGCCAAAGUGCUCAAUAUAAUCGCGACCACGCUGACUCUACUCAUCAUUGCGAUCAUCAUUAUACUUCUCGUGGUUGGAGUUUUCCAAAUUGCCAGUUUUCACCAGCAAUACCAGAGUUACAAUUACGGAAAGUGAGCAGCAGAGUGUUGGCAGCACAUUCCUCACUGGUUUUGCCAGGAUCCUUUUGAACUCUUUGCUUUUGUUCUUCAUUCUAAAGUGCUUUGUUUUUUUUUAAUGGCUUCUGGCUUUAUGAAGUAGUUGCUUGUCGAAAGAAAAUGAUUUGUAUUUGUCUGUUCUUGGGAUUUUCUUUCUGCCUCUCUUGUGUAUGAUGCUUCGGUAUGUUUUGAUGUUGAAUGGUGUUAAUAAACAAGUUUGCAAGCUU